AUGGUUAAGAUAUUCUUUAGUGCUGCUCAGAGUCAGUCAACGCUGGAGUCCAAGCUGGAGGCCCUUCAGAGCCACUUCACCUGGGAUCUGGACUCCAGUAGGUCCAAACUUUUCCGUCUCAGGGACAAACUGAAGGACAUUGGCACCAAUGAAGGAAACAGCUGGCUGGGUCACAUUUACAACCUGCAGGGGUUCAUCCACUAUCAGCUGGGCUUCAUCCACAAACAGCUGGGCUUCAUUGAAGAGGCCAAGAGCUUCUUCAGCAGGGCCACUGAGGCCUUCCACCAGAUGAUGAACACAGUCUCAGAUGGUCCCUGGUUGCUGGUGAACUACGGGAACCUGGCUUGGAUGCAUCACCAUCUGGGAGAACAAGCAGAGAGUGAGCGUUACCUGUCAAAGGUCCACGCCCUGAUGAAGGAGUACCCAUCUCCAUCUGAGGACGAGCUGGAUCCAGAGAUCUACGCUGAAAAGGCCUGGACCCUGAUGAAGUUCUCUCGAUACAAAAAGAAGCUGCUGGCUGCAGAUUACUUCCAGAGAGCCAUCAGGAUGCAGCCGGACAGGGUGGAGUGGCAGACCAGCCGAGUGAUAGCACUAGUAAGUGCCUAUAAGUACUGUAGCAAUGAGCUGGGAGCUGACAUCUUGGAGGAAAUGGGGAAAGCCAAAGAACGUGAUCCAGAGAACUUGUACCUUGCUGCUCUUUACCUUGAGGCAUGUGCUCGGAGAGGAACAAACACUGAACAAGAAGCGCGUGAGUUGGGCAGAAAGGUUUUAGAUAAACCAGUUAGCAGCUACAGUGGUUUAAAACCAUUACUGAGGCUGUACAGAACCUAUGUAUCAAUGGAUGAAGCUUUUGAUUUAGCAGAGGAGGCUCUGAAGAGACAUCCAGAUGAGCGUUACCUCAAGAGAUGUGCUGCAAUCUGCUACAAAAGGAAGAUCUUAUCUCCACAGAGGUUUCCUCUGGAGCCCAGCUUGGUCAACAAAGCCAUCAGCCUCUAUGAGGAAGUCAUACCUCUCUAUCCUGAUUCUUCACUCAAAAGAAAAAUAUCUCUUGCCAACAUCUAUGCAGAAACAAACACCAACCAAGCUGCAGCUGAUCAAAUAUAUGGUGAACUGCUGGAAAGUGAUCUGGAUCCAAAAGAGAAACAGAUGCUUUUUAACUACUACGCCAAAUUUCUGCAUUUCUGUCGAAAUGAAAGUCGCAGGUCGAUAGAAUAUCACAUUAAAGCAGCAGAGAUACCACAGAAAUCCUUCUUUCGUAAAGACAGCAUCAAAAAUCUGAAGAAGAUCAAAAAUAGAAACCGAAGCAAGAUGUGUGGAGAAAUAGAGGAGUUUCUGGCCAAUCUCCAGCACUGAGAGCUGACAAUAAAGAUGGAACAACACUGGGGAUAAAUCAGGAAGAUGUUGGUCUACAUGCGCUGAGAAAGAAAUCUGUAAAGUCUGUGUGUAAAGUACCUGUGAUGAAUUGAUUUUUGAAUGUUGCUAGCAUUUAAUUUAAUGUUUAAUAUCUGCACAUUUUAACCGUGAAACAAAGCUGUUUAUAUGUAGCUGAAUGAUGUAACAAUGUGACAAAUGCAAACAACUGCACGUCUUAAGGAGUAAGACUGCAGUCGGUGUUGUUCCGAACAUCUGUGCAACUUAUGGAUUUUUCUACAUGCACGGACCUCGGCUCCCCCAGAAUUGGCCUGAAAGGCAAUGUCUGCACCGUUUAUUACUGGUUGUACUGGUGAAGAAAAAAGACUAGAAACAAGUGCAACAACAAGGACAAACUCAUAGAACAAAUGUUUGUGGAUAUCCAUUGUUCUUCAGAACUGCACUUUUCAGUAUGCUUCCAAGAUACCAGGAACACAAACAGCAAAACAAAAGCAUUUUAAAAUAUGCACAAAAUGUUCAAAUUGAAUUUUUUCUGAAUGAGUGUGAUGAAACAUUACAGGACAGUUGCAACAGGUUUUAUUAUUUCAUCUUCUGAUUGUAAAAUCUCAAUAAAACAGAAGCUGUUAAAUGCUCCGAUA